UAGGAUUAAGAGCAAGGCCCUCUAGCCCCCUCUAGCUGUAAGCUGUUCUGGCACGCGGUCGGUGUGUCCAAAACAUUCUUCCCAACCCGACCGCAAUGCUGACCGGCCGUGGGCUCCGUUGUUCUGCGUAAGCAGCCGGGAGGACGGUGGGCGCGAGGGCGGAGGUGUGUGGUGUGGUGCAAAUGCAAAACCAAAACAAACGCCCGAACCAAAAUCAGCUCGUGGCGCAAUGUUACUUCCGGGCGCGCGCCCUGCCUAAUAAGAUCCGAUUGAGCGAUUAGUGUGUGCAUGUGCAUGUGUGUGUUCGUGUGUUUGAGAGUGCAUGUUUAGGCGCGUGAUUAAAAGGGAACUAUUAUUUCAAACGCUCUGCUGAAGGAAGCGAACGCAGUCGUGCUGUUUUCUGUUGCGGCUGCGCCACGUAUGGUGCGCACCGGCGGCACGAAGACGAUGCUACAGUUCCGUGGGUUUAGUUAGGCAUUUCCUUUCCUUUGUAUAUCCUAACUCAAUCCCCCUCCCCCCUUUCCGCACCCCCAGCCCACCACUUUGUAGAGCUGAACUCUGCUACAAACUGAACAAAGUGCGUUGCGCACGUGUUUUUGUGGGGGAAGGCAAGGGUAUUCGGGAGUACUGCUUUAAGAUUUAAGUUUGAUUGCUCUUGAGGGAGAAGAAGGAACGAGAGCGAGGGCUAGGGAGAGAUUCGUUUUUGCCCGCAACGCCUCCCGCAUCCAACCAUGAACGCCCGCUCGCAAACGUUCGAUCUGCGCAUGGAGGGCCGGCAGGUGGACGAGGCGGUGCUGAGCAUCUUCCACACGAUCCUGUUUCACCGCAGCCUCGGCAAGUUCCUGUACACCGAGGAGGCGAUGUACUCGGUCGGCACGAUCGGCUACCGGGACGUGGACUGCGACUUCUUCGACUUCACCUACGUGUGCUGCAGCUCGCCGCGGCUGGAGGAGACGCUGCGGCGCGAGAUCGGCAACUUUAGCCGGCAGCUGCGCAGCAACGACAGCGGCGGCACCGGCCAGAUCAGUCUCGAGUUUUUCCAGCGCAAGAAGACGCGCUGGCCGUUCCAGACCGACUGCAUACCGUGGGAGGUGUGGACGAUACGGCUCGAGCUGCUGACGCUCACGAACGAGGACGACCGGCUGCAGUGCCGGGAGCGGGUGAGCGACCUGCUGACCGACAAGGUCUUCUGCAUCACCGAGAUCAUGAACCGGCACGACUACGUGCCGAAGAUACCGAACCAGACCGAGCUCGACAUGGUGUUCGACACGACCUACCCGGACGUGCAGCCGUACCUGUUCCAGUUCAAGUUCAGCACGGCCGGCCCGAGCGGCACCUCCGUGAGCAACACGAUGAAGAAGCUGAUCAAGGAAACGCUCAACGUUUCGUUGUGACUAAUGCGCGGCCUGCUGCUGCUGCUGCUGCUGCUCGUGGGGUCGUGGCCCGGGCGUCCGCUUGCUUUGCGCCUCAAGGGAGCCCGGGCGGGAGCAGAUCCCAUUUUUUGUUUUCUUUACACACACACACACUGUAACACUCACGUCGUCUGCUAAGCGUUGGCUAAGCGUCUGCUAAGCGAGUGUUUUUUUGUUUUUUGUUUUUUUUUGUUUUUUACUUGUUUUAAUGGUCGCAUUUCCGUGCAAUCAAUGUUAUACCGUGGUCCGCCGACCCUCCUCCCCACACCAUAAAAUGUAUCAAUAGUGUUUGUGUCUCUAUUUGGUUUUGGAGGGUUUUUUUACUUCCCUUUUUUUCAUUUACGUGUCAUGUCAUCGUGCUAUUACGUCAGUGGCUGUAGGAUAAAAGGACUAUGUUCUGCUAAGUACACGCAUGGACAAGGACGCUGUGUGCCUGCGUGUGUAGCGCAAACGAUUUGCGUCUGACUGCCAGGCAAAUCCGUAUCAAAAGUCUAAAAAGGUUGAAUUAUUAAAACCUUUCGAACAAACGCGCGAUGACAGUGAGGCCGGGAAACGUGGAAACGCAAAACGAGAUUAACUAAUGGCCCUGUGAUGUCGGUUUUGGCGAGUUUAAAAACAAAAACCGAAGGGGCUUUCGUUUUUAGGUUUACGAUUACGCAGCGUGUGAUGUAGUACGCAUCAUUCUAGGCCGCUUGUUUGCUGCUGUUCCGACCACAAUCAAGGGCUGAUGAAGCGCUACCGUGUGUAUGUAUGUGUGAGUGUGUGUAGCUAUCACGCUAUCGAAUGAUUUGUAUGAGUGUGUAUCGCUGUUUUUUGUUGUUGUUUGUUUUGCUAUCGAUGUGUGCACCCUUCCUUGAGCGCCACCACCUGUUUAGUUUAAUGUUGCAAACCCCAUACCACCCACCUACCGUUAAACACCGCCCCUCCUCCCCCCCCUCCCCCCCGAUGCGUCGAGUUUUCCGUUGAUCUCUAAUUGAUAAGGCGCGCUAGCCGCGCACACUGAAGACACUUUAAAGAAGCAACCGAUGUUUUUAAACGCUGAGCGCCCAAAGCAAACGCAUACAAACAAUAUAUACCCUAAGGUGAUGUACCGAAUCACUAAUUAAUAGAGCUAAGGUUUUUUUUAGGUUAAACGGUUCCCAGCCGGUGGUACAAACAAACCAAGACAGUGAAACAAAAACAAAAACGUUCGCUCUUCUCGGCGGCAACUAGUCGCGUUUUGACACCGAUGGCGGUGACAUACUUGGAUGAAAUAGAAUAAAUAGUGCAAUAUUGCAGGGAACAGGCGGAGAACGGGCAGGGAUGCUACACGCGAAUCCGUUUCGUACCGAUUUGCUUCAACUCUUGUUUUGAACACUCCCCAAAACGAUACUGUUUUUUUUUUAAUGUAUGCCAAAACAACUAAAGCACAAUAGUACAAAAAGCAAGAAGCAGGAUUUCCCAGAGCAAGCGAAGCAAUGAGGGUAGAGCAAAAGAUUACUUCUAGUGAACAAAAUUAACCACCUUCAAAUGGGUUUGCAAUAGCGUUCGAUUGGAACGGAGAAACAGUCGCUCGUUUUUUUUUUUUUUAAUAAUUCUGUAAUAAUUCUGAGUCUGCCCCAUGCAAUGAAUUUAACCCUAAAGUCAGAAGCCAAACUGCAAUUCAAUGAUAGGAUAGUGUGUGCGUGGUGUGGGUUUAAAAGUCGUGCUCUCCCUCAAGUUUUAUUUCCUCACCCUUUGCUAGAUGGAUUUCCACAUUUACUAGCAACCAAAACGAACCGAGAAGAAAGGAAAAAGAAUGAAAAAAACAACAACAACACGACGCAAGAAUCAUACGGGUUCCCGAAACAGAAUGUUUGAUGCAUAAACUAAUGGUCACUAUACAGAAAAAAAAGGUAUGCAGUAAAUAGUUACGUAACAUUACCUAAAGACAUCUCAAUAGCAUAGUAGCAUUAAUGCUUGCAUAUACGUAAAGAAAACGCUAAACCACGUGUAGCAUAUCAACACAAACCGUACCGCUACUCUCCGUACUAUAUAUAUAUACGUAAACGACUUUAUCAUGCGUGUAUGAGUGUGUGUGUGUGUGUGUGUGAGAGAGAGAGAGAGAGAGAGAGAGAGAGAGAGAGAGAGAGAGAGAGAGAGAGAGAGAGAGAGAGAGAGAGAGAGAGAGAGAGAGAGAGAGAGAGAGAGAGAGUAGGUGAGUGAGUGUGUAGGGUUGUGCACGAUACCUUCCCUGAACUUAACUAUGUUUUAGGCAGGCUUGUUCGGUUAGAUAUUGUUUUGUUUUCUUUCAUUUUUUUUAUUCUGCUCUCCUGCACUAUCUGUCUUGUUUCGCUUGCACUUACACUUUUCACGCCGUUCACUAUUCGUAACAGAUGAGGCAGGCAACAGCGGUGGGUGUGGGCGUUAAUUUUAAGCCACCGGACCGGAAAGGAGCAGAUACAACUCGUGUGCGCAUAUGUGCUCAUCGCACCGAACGCACGUGGUUUCAGUCAUUUAUUAGGCUAAGUCGGGCUUUGUUUGUUUUUGUUUUGUUUUUGUCCUACGUAAGCCUGUUAGUUAUAAACAACAACAACAAAAUAACGCACCCAAUUUUUAAUUAAGUUUAAGUGGCUUGGACAGGGGGUUUAUUUUCCCAUUGGAAUCAGUGAAUCGACCAAACAAAUUGAAUUGCGGUUCCUGCGGAAAAGAGAGAGAGAGAGAGAAAAAAAGAAGAAAGUUAUAGUUCUGUAAGUACUUGCAAUAUAUUGUGCGAAAAAGCGGAAGAAAAGGAGUGAAAAAAAACAAAAACAAAAAAAAAACCACGAGAGAGUAGAGAGCAAAAAAUGUAACAAAAAGAAAACGAAACGAAAGCGAUUAAAAUGUAAAAAAAAAACAACAUCAACACAUUAACAUAAAAAGCGAAGAAUGAACAGGAGUAGAGUAAGUGUAUAAAGAAAAAAAAAGGAAGAUAAAAAUGAGCAAAACACAGCUGAAAGCAACACAAGAGUAAUAUUAUCUAGAAACAUAUAGAGGGAAUAGCAAGUGGGAAUUCAAACUCUUUCAAAAUUGGUUAAUGCAUUGCUUUGCAAAUAGCACUGAACAAAUCGAGAGUAGAUGAAAUAAUUUGGCAAGUAGAAGUAAGAAACGAAUAUUACCAUCGUAAACAAACAAACAAACAAAAUAAUAAGAUCCUUAUAAUUCAGCUUAAUCUUGUGUACGUGAAUGUUAGGAAGUUUGUUUAGUCUUUAUGUUGUAGGCUAUGUUUUUCUUGUGUUUUGUUUUUUCAUUUUUUUUUUAAACUGUUGGUUAUAUAUUUUACUUUAGCAUUUUCUCUUACUCUCUCGCUGUCUUUUUGUUUAGCUGUAACGUUAUGCUCAAACUAGAACGCUUUACACCUGUAUGUCAUUUCGUCGUCGUUUAAGCUGUGAUUAAGUGUAUAUGAUAUAUGGACAUUAAAAUAGGGAUAUAAGCAUUAAAAUAGGGAUAAUGCAGUGUAGUGAGUUGUAUAGUGUAAUGCAAAAAGACACAGGAAACGAAGGUGUAGUGAGCGGGUUUGUUUGUUUUCUCUUCUUUCUCUCUCUCUCUCUCUUUCUCUCUCUCUGGUGUAUCCAUUUGGCUGUCGCUAUUUGGUUCCCACAUUGAACCCAUUGGACGUUAGGUUUUUUUUUUGUUGUAUUUUCACACGCUUUAGAACUUGAAACUGUGCAUCGACACACAUUCAAAGGGCAUCUACUUAAGGCUUCAUCUAGUUGAAACGUAAACGUAGAACACGAACAGCUUCACCUAACACCUACGCACACACAUACACACCUCCACACGAAAAAUUGUAAAGAAUCAGACGAAUUGGAUUGUCGGGCUUUAGUAGUAGUGAGUAGUACUUAAGUAAAAGCGGUAGCUCAAACUUGCUUGUCGCGGUUAAAAGUUUUACAUUUUUCGUUUGUUGCCGUUGAAGACGCUUGUGUGUGUGUGCAUGUGAAUGUGUGUUUUCCGGUUAUUGUAGAUACCUUCUGAACAAGACGCACAUCUGUAUAUCAGACCGAAUUGAAGCCGAUAUUUAGGACCCAUUUUUAAACACCAAAUAAUCCCACCCCGGCUGCUACGAUAUCAUCCCGGAUAGCCUAGAGAGCUGGACUCUUCUCCUCUUAACCAUCAGGCCCGUAGUAAUCGAACGAUCCAGCUUCUGGCAUGAUUGUGUACAGACGGAAGACACACGUGUGGGUGUGUGUGUGUGUGUGUGUGUGAAUGAAUGAGUGUGCAUGUGUGUGUGUGUGUGCGUGAUGCCAAACAAUCAAUAUGCGAAGCAAUCUGGUACAACGGCGGUGGCCACAACGGUUGUCCAGAAGCUCCUACGGCCACUACGGUGUAGAAGCUUGAUGUGGAUCCGGUUGUACAUUAGUGAACGAAGGUGUGUGUGUGUGUGUGUGUGUGUUGGUUUUGCAAUGUCAAUUGCAAAACGAAAAAGCAACACACCACAAAAAAAA